ACGUGUAACCAGCACCGCUGGAAUAAUCGAGCUAAAACCGGUUCUUUCCCGUUGUUCCGCAGACUGCGCAAAGAGUACGCAUGAGUUACGCAAACAACUUACAACUUUCUCACGCAAGCGUUUCUCCGAACUAUGGGCUGUGCUCACGGUCUCACCGCAGGAAGGUGUUCUUAAGCUGUUGUGUAACCUGCUGUUUCACCUCUACUUCGAUAAAUAUUGAUUGCUUGAAAAGAAGAUACGCAAUCUUUUAGAGAUAUCGGGAAAAGGAACAACUGUGCGUAAGUGUGUGUAUUGCCAGCUUAUUUUACGGAGAAAACUGCAUAGGAGCAGUUGGUACAGUUGACAGCUGUGUGUAAAGUGACAGAAAGAGCGAGAAUCAUGAUGAAGAUCAGUCCUCAUUCACUCUUCUUCUUCGGUCCUUAACAGACAGUCUGGAAUCAAACUUUGACGUCUAACAUCACAACGGCCAUAGAAGAGGUAAAAAGGAGGGAGUUGAGCUCUUCCUCUGCACAAACCUCAUCAUCCUCUCCGUCUGGAAUGGAGAUUGCCCUGCGGCAGCAGAAAGAGUGAGAAAGAGAGCGAGAGAUGCAAGAGAAAAAGGACCCUCAGCCCAAAUCUGCCAGCAGCCUGGGAAAGGCUCAUCCUGCCCUGAAGGCCUUCAUGUGCGGCUCUCUCAGCGGCACCUGCUCCACUCUGCUGUUCCAGCCGUUGGAUCUGGUGAAGACCAGACUGCAGACCCUGCACAACAACAUGCACCCAGGUGCUCCUAAAGUGGGGAUGAUUACAGUCUUUUUCAAUGUGAUCCGCACAGAGAAGCUGCUUGGCCUGUGGAAGGGGGUUUCACCGUCGUUCAUGCGAUGUAUCCCUGGUGUGGGGAUCUACUUCAGUACAUUUUACUCGCUGAAGCAGCACUUCUUCCAGGAUAGGUCUCCGAGUGCUGGGGAGGCGGUGUUGCUAGGGGCGGGGGCUCGUUGUGUGGCAGGCGUGGCCAUGCUGCCCAUCACAGUCAUUAAGACUCGUUUUGAGAGCGGGCGGUACAAUUACAUAAGCGUAGCUGGAGCCCUUAAAAGUGUGUUUCAGAAUGAAGGUCCCAGGGCUCUUUACUCCGGGCUCACAGCGACUCUGCUCAGAGACGCCCCGUUCUCUGGCAUCUAUGUCAUGUUCUACAGCCAGGCCAAAAAGGCUUUGCCAGAGGAGAUCAGCUCGUCCUCCUUUGUCCCACUGGUUAAUUUUGGCUGUGGUGUGGUGGCUGGUAUUUUGGCCUCUCUUGCCACUCAGCCAGCAGACGUGAUCAAAACCCACAUGCAAGUGAGCCCAGCGUUGUAUCCCAAGACCAGUGAUGCUGUACGGCACGUUUAUGCGAAGCAUGGCUUGAGCGGGUUCUUUCGAGGAGCGGUUCCUCGUUCUUUGAGGAGAACCCUCAUGGCAGCCAUGGCCUGGACGGUGUACGAGCAGCUGAUGGCACACAUGGGACUGAAGUCUUAAAGACACCCGACGCACUUUAUGUGUGGACUUCAUUCUGUGUGUGUCCAGUGCAGGAGUCUAUACUUUUCAGAGGAUGGUGAAAAGAUGGCGUUCUAUUAUCCUUGAAGGCUUGAUCAAAACAAAAGCAGCUAGUGUUGGCUGGGUACCGGUAAUCGUAGGGUUGUGUGUGUGUGUCUUUGUGUGUUAGUGUGUUCAGGUGCAGUGAGAUGUUACCCCGUGACAUUCCUAAAUUGCCACAUUGUCUGCCUUGUUGACGCCUGCAUAUUGAGACAGGGGUCCACACUGAAGAAUACCAAUGAGAGACUGCUGAAUCAUGUGCUGUCAGCUCACAAGAAAACACUCCUUUCACAGGAAGCAAAUCCCCAUUUUUGGCAACUAUCUUAGAAUACCACAUGUCUCAGUGUCACUUAAAAGUGACCACCUUUGCAGGGUUCUCAGAAACCCAUGAGUCCGUGGACUCCAGUGUCUGAGAGCGUUCUUAAGCAUGGUCCUCUGAGUUAAAUUAUUUUUAGUCAAGGAUGAGGCUUAGUGUGUGUUUAAGACUAGUUUUACAAAGACAUGUUGACAUAAUACUCCAGUGCUCCGAUAGUUACUCCAGGGCUGAGAAACUGAACUGACAACACAUGACUGUCUCGCCAACAUACUCCGUUCCGACUAUAAUUGCGCGUCUCUAUGCGAUGAUUUAUGCUGUUCUAGUGAUUUCCUGUGCUGUGUGACUGGAUGGCUUUAUCAGUUCAUUCCAGUACACUGGGUUUUUAUUUUCUUGAAUACUCACUUCUGGGGACAGACAAAGCUAGGAUUUGGAUUGAAUGGGACUUUCUAAGACCUGGAGAAACAUUUAAUAUUUAUUGAAGAAACAAGCGUUACAGUUCCUGAGAAAACAAUAUUUGAAGUGGAACGUAUCAGUGAGAAUUUACAAUACUUCAUGUGCUGUUGGACAUUUUGACUGACAUUUUGUCUUGUUGACGUGUGUAAAACCACUGUAAGACACAAUGGUGUGGUGUAGUGAAUUUUAGGAAGUCUGCCAGAAACAUGUCCGGUUAGUUGUUCUCCCUUAAAAUUCGUAGAUAGAACUAUUCGAAUUUUUGGCAUUGUGACAUUAUUUUCAUUCUAGUUGGGUAGUCAGUUCAUUCCACCAUGGUAGUCUUUGUCGUACUGCCUUUAAUGUUUUUUUAAUCGGCUGAUUACAAUAAUUUGUAGUAUAAAACCUUUAAUAAAGGGAGAAAAAAAUUCAAAUAAAUUUCAGGGAUGCAUUACAAUAAUGUGAUUUUAGGGGAAAUAUGCUUAAUUGUCUUGUAAAUAAUGUCAUCGUGCAAAAAUCUAAAUGAAUCUGAAAUGGAUUUAGAUUUAAGCCAAAUAUAAUUUGUUUGUUUUUUGUUUAUUUUUCCCUCUUUAAAUUUUGGGGGUUAAUAUCAUGUAAACAUGUUUUCAUGAAAUUCACCCCAUAAGCCUUUGGGUUUCUUGUUCUCUCCGUUGUCUUUGAGGGUUCGUACUGUAUGUGCACUGGUCAGUGUCGAACCCAUAGGACUUGUACUACAAGAAUCAUUAUUACCAUGUACGUCUUUUCAAUUUGAUUUGCGCAAGUAAUUAUAACUUAAUUUAGUUUGCUAAAUUCAAUUCAGUUAACAAUUUGUUUUAAAUUGCAUUGAUUAAAAUGAAUUAGAUUCGCAAGAUUAUCUGCUUCAGAAUGCAGCUGAUGCCCAUAGUAUGAAGUUGGGAAAACAUGCAGAGCCAAGUGAUACACUAGUUUUAUAUCAGUUAAGAGUGUUUAUAACUGAACGCUAAAUGCAUAUAGUUUGUGAAAGCACUUUAAAUUCAGUGAAGUUGACUGCAUUCAAACUGAAUCUGAGUGGUGUGUGUGUUGGUCACAUGUUGCUUUGUAAGCCAUUGUGCUUUGUGCUGUUCUGUGGAGAUACUCUUUUGCCAUCACACAAUCAGUAUCGUCUCUUCAGCAUUUCUUAUGGCUAUUAUUGUUGAUAUUUUGUCUGAAUGUGAGAAUAUGUGCAUUUGCAAAUGUCAUGCCUGUGUUAAUAGGUGAAUAAAUCUGCCCUGUUUUAUAAA